CCUAUUUCUGUAUGACAAAAAACCUAAUGAUUUAGCCGUAGUCGUUUCUUUGGUCUAAAUCGUUCAUUUUCUAUCUGCUUAAUUUUUCGGCAGUAACAACUUUUAUUUAUGCUUCAAAUGGAGGCACCACAAUUAGUGGCCAAUGCUAAUAUAUGAACUAUAAUUAGUUCACCACACUGCUUCGGCAGAUUGUUUUUAUAUGAUUGAACCAUUCUGCUUUGGCAAUAUGGUUUUUUAUAUGUAUAUGGAUCAUGAUUUGUUACCACACUGCUUCGGCAGAUAGUGGUUAUAUGCGAUCCAACCCCACAGCUUCGGCAUAUAGUGGUGAUUGAACCAUUCUGCUUCGGCAAUAUGGUUUUUUAUAUGUAUAUGGAUCAUGAUUUGUUACCACACUGCUUCGGCGGAUAGUGGUUAUAUACGAUCCGAUCCCACUGCUUCGGUAUAUAGCGGUGAUAUAUAUUUUAUAUUAUGAUUUGAUAUCACACUGCUCUAGCAGUUGUUGCUUUUAUAUGAUUCAUCCACACGGCUUAAUAAUUCGGCCGAUUUUGGCAAAAUAUGUACACACAUAAAUUUAUAUAAUAUACUACUUCAUAAGUAUCAAUAGUAAACAAAAGAUAUGAUUUGUAACCAUAUAUGCAGUUAAUGCAGGCCUUAAUGGUUCUGAUUAUAAUGACAAUUUCAGUAAACACUGAUUGGUAGCACUCGUUAUAGUUGUUUCUAAUUACCACCUUAUUUAUGACUUAUGAAUUUUCUUAGGAUGGCUUCGAGACCAAAACGAAGAAGAACCUCGACCAAACGUCAGGAUCCACCCACAACAACAACGUCAGAGAGGAGAAGCGAAGACGUUAGUAUAAUUUUCCAUCAAUGCAUGUCGAAAAUCAUGCCGACGAUCGAGGAGACGUUAAAAACGUGUAUGGACGAUUAUUUUAAGUCCAAGUCUGCAUCUUUGCUUCCGCCAACUGCAUCUUCGCCUCCGCCAACUGCAUUCUCGCCUCAGCCAACUGCAUCUUCGCCUCCGCCACCAGGGCCACUGGAACCAAGUACGACGUCGCCAGCAACUACACUCCUUAGUGAGAUUACAGGUCAAAGAGUUCCAAACACGGUUUCCUUACAUGGGUCCGGCCUGCACCCGUGUGAACCCAGCAUUGAUAAGUCUCUGAAUCAAACCGCAGAGUCCUUGCUGUAUCGUUCUCUAUCACCGUCCACAGUUGCAGCAUAUAAAUCAGCAUUCCAGGCAUACAAGCUCUUUAUAUUACAAACUUACGGUGAAGAAAUGUCACCACUACCACCCUGUUUGGAACACCUAGCUUACUUCAUAGCAAAUUGUUACCAAACAAAUUUAGCUGCGUCCACUAAUCGAACCAUUAUAUCCGCUCUUAGUUUCAUUUUUCAGUUAAGUUCUUCCCAGGAUGUUACCCAACAUUUCAUCAUCAAAAAAAUGCUUCAAGGCUUUCUAAAAGCAAAACCGAUUGGCGACCCUAGACUCCCAAUAACCCCAGAUAUUCUCCUAAAACUAGUACAGGCCCUCCCCUACACUGCAGAUUCAUAUUUUUCCACAAUUUUGCUUCGGGCCAUGUUUAUCUUAGCUUAUUGCGCCUUUCUAAGGGUAGGAGAAAUUACUAAAACCAACAGCAAAACCCAUCAUUAUCUAUUAGCAAAACACGUAUCAAAGGGUAACAAAACAAAUGGCAUAGGUUUCCUGGAACUUGCAAUACCUCAUUUCAAACAUUCAAAGUCAAAUUCUACAACUAUCCACCUAUGUCAGAACACCAUAAACCCAUUGCUAUGUCCAUAUCGCGCGAUCACAGAUUUCCUUAACAUCAGAAAACACGAUUCCCCAGAAGCACCCCUUUUUUCUUUUAUGGACAACACCCCAGUCCCCCGCCAAUACUUUACUUCACAACUUCGGCUAGCAAUUUAGAUCUUUCGAAAUAUCAGGCCCACAGUUUCAGGAUAGGUGCAGCAACAACAGCUGCUGCAACGGGAUACACUGAAAUUCAAAUUCAAAACAUGGGUCGUUGGAAGUCCAGUGCCUUUAGGAAGUACAUUCGCAUCCCUUCUAUUACCCCGUAUUAAGCUUAUCUGGAGACAGGGGCUUCAGGUGUUUUUGCCACAACAACUCGUUUUUACCUUAAGACAGGGGCUUAAGGUAAUCCUUAAUAUGACAUUGUUACUUAGAGACAGGGGCUCUAAGUAUGGUUAAUGUUAGUAGUUUUUCUUGAGACAGGGGCUCAAGUAAAACCUUAACUUCUAGAGUAUUGUCUAUUCAUGUAUUUUGAUUUUGUGUACAUAACACUUUCAUUCGAUCUUUAUAGUAAUUGUCAGCAAGAAAAUGGUGUGACAUUUAAUUUUUGUUUUGUCUACGAUGAUGUUGUUGGAUGGGGGCGGUAACAAGCCAGCAUGAGCUCCUUUUCCUUCUUGCGCCGGUAUUACAAUGCUACCUUGUUACGGUGGCAGAUGACGCCCCAUAUUGUCUUUUUGUUGUACAUGUAUAAUUAUAUGCUGACAUUUUUUAGAUAUAUGUUUUUUGGAUUAACAAUUUUUACAAUUGAGACUCAAGGACGUUUUUUAGUUUAACACAGGUGCUUAAUUGUUGUCAAUAGUAUUUUUUGUUUCUUUUUCUAGUCAGAAUCGUGCACCGACCUUGCGGUUUCAUAGCAUAAUAUUUUUGUCCCUAGUCCUUUUAAUUUGAUUGUAUGUAUUUUUACUGUUUGUCAUUUAUUGCACUUGUUUGAAUAAAUGACCAUUCUUAUUCCUUUA